GGCGCGGCCAAUGGGCAGUUCCUGCGUAGGCAAGAGGGGAAAGGUCAGGGCAGGUAUGGCGAUGGUGGCGCUAACGGAGGUGGCCGGGCAGAUAAAACCGUGUCCGUGAGGGGCAGGCAGGCGAGAUGGUGUGUGCCUCGCGCCGCGGCUGAGCCUCCCUCGCGAACACCGCCUCAGCCGCUGCUUCCCCCGCUCCGGUCCCAUCACGCCGCCCUCCGCUCAGUCCAAUGAGCGACGCGUACGAGCUGCUGUGGCGCCUGCUGCACGUCCUCCUCAGCGUCCAUCGCGCGCUCCUCGUCUGGCUCCGCGGGUGGUUCGGAGGACGCUGCUCGUGGGUCAGCCGUUGGCGGCUGCGCGCGGCUUCGGCCGUCGCCGCGGUCGCCUCACGGGCUCUGCUGGUGCCGGCAGCGGCGGCCACGGCCACAGGACCCUUCGCCUACCACAAGCCGGCGGCGGCGGGGCGGAAGGUGGCCGGCGGCGGGGCCCGCUGGCGGAGAGACGUCAAGUCCCUGCAGAAGCUGCCGGGCCAUGUGGGGCUGAUGGUGACCGAGGAGGAGCAGAGCUACGCGGACGUGGCCAGCCUGGUGGUGUGGUGCAUGGCCGUGGGCAUCUCCUAUGUCAGCGUCUACGACCACGAAGGCAUUUUCAAAAGAAAUAAUUCAAGGCUGAUGGAUGAAAUCCUAAAACAGCAGCAGGAGUUGUUAAACCUUGACUAUUCCAAAUAUACAGUGAAAUUUGCCGAUCAAGUCAAAACAGAUCAAGUUUUAAAUUGCCAAUCUGCACUGAACAUCUUGUCUUCAGAGGAUGGAAAGACAGAUAUAGUAAGAGCAGCUCAGAAAUUUUGCCACUUAGUAGCACAAAAGCAAAAAAAAUGCACAGAUCUGGAUAUGAAUGUCUUGGAGAACUUAUUAAGUAGUACUAAUGGCUUCCCUGACCCAGACUUAAUAAUAAAGUUUGGUCCUGUGGACAGUGUAUUGGGAUUUCUUCCCUGGCAGAUCAGAUUGGCAGAGAUUGUUUCUUUGCCUUCUCAUGUGAACGUCAGCUAUGAAGAAUUCUUCUCUGCCCUCUGUCAUUAUGCAGAUUGUGAACAGCGUGUGGGAAAAUGACUUCUUGCAAAAUAUUAUCAGGAUUUCCAUGGAAAGGACCCAGUGUCUCUGUUUACAAGUACCUGUGAUACAUACAAGUCCAGUACAUAGUCUCUUAAUUUAUCAAAUUCAAUAAAGUGUCUUACCUUUUUAGAA